AUGGCACCGCUGUUGCCAUCGAUCAACCUUUUCCUUCGCGUUGUCCGCCGAAGAGAAGAUGGAUACCACGACCUUGCUUCUCUAUUCCAUGUGAUAGAUUUGGGAGACAGCAUGGAUUUUACGCCAGUUUCAGGCUCAGGAAGCGACCAGCUGACCUGCAAUGUGGCUGACAUUCCCACAGAUGGCUCGAACCUGGUGAUCAAGGCCCUGAAGCUCUUCAGGGAGAGGACAGGCAGCCAACAGCGGUUCAAGGUCCACCUGGACAAGAAGGUUCCUCACGGUGCGGGCUUGGGGGGUGGCAGCGCGAAUGCAGCAACCACUCUCUGGGCGGCAAAUGAGCUCUGUGGGCGGCCGGCCACCAAUGAGCAGCUGCUGGACUGGUCGGGCGCCAUCGGAUCGGACAUCUCUGUCUUCUUCUCUCGUGGCGCCGCUUAUUGCACCGGCAGGGGAGAAAUUGUGGAGGAUGUGGAUCCUCCCCUGCCCCUCACCACGCCGCUGCUGCUAGUGAAGCCUCCAGUGGGGCUGUCCACACCAGAGGUGUUCAGAUCUCUGGAUCUGGCCAGGAGGAGCACAGCAGACCCCCUGGAGUUGCUCAGGGGUCUGGCAGCCAGGGGCGCGAUAGAUCCAGAGCUGUGCGUGAACGAUCUGGAGCAGCCAGCAUUCGAUGUGCUGCCAUCCCUCGCACAGCUGAAGCAGCGGCUGAUCGCCGAUAGCGACGGGCGCUUCUCUGCUGUCUUCAUGACAGGUAGCGGGAGCACCAUUGUGUGCGCGGGAUCAGAUGAGGCACCAGCAUUCCUGGGUGAAUCGGACUGUGCAAAUCUGUUCGUGACUCCUGCCCGCCUCAUUGCCAGGGAGGCUGGAGCGUGGUAUGAGCCCAGCAAGGCCCUGACAGCUGUUGCAUGA